AUGAAGUUCGGCGGCGCAUUACUUGCACUUCAAUGUGCCAGUACCCUUGCAUUUAGCAUUGUAAGCGGCUCAAUUAAAGCAGGCAAUGGCAAUUUGGCAAUCGGUGAAUUCAACACACAAGAGGUGAAGCAGUUAGCAAUUGGUCCAAAGGAUAAAAUCGACUUAUCUUUAACUAUAGACGGAUUGUCCAAGAAACCUCACCAAGCUGUAGUAACAAUUGGUAAUGAAUUUGGGUUGGAGUAUUCUGUGAUCCCAAAGGUUGCUCCUUCCACCAAUACAAUUUCAAUUGUUGUGCCAGUUAGUCAAUUACCCAGUUCAAUCAAGGCUGAAGAUAAAUUAUUUUUGAAAGUAAUUAUUGCCGACCAAUCGUCAAAGGGUGCCAAUUUAUUCAAGAACUUGGUAGAAUUAGUUCCUAAUGCAGACCUUCAAGCAGCCAACAAAUACCAGAAAGCUGAAAGAAUUGGUAUUAAACCAGAAAUCCACCACAUAUUUAAAGAAUCCCCCUCUACAGUUGGACCUGCUGUUCCAAUUAUUUUCAUCUUUGGAGUUAUCACUCUUGUAUUCUUGUUAUUGGUUACCUGGGUCAGUACAAUUGGCUUCAACUUGUUUAACCACAGCGGUGACAUUUCUGGAGCACAAUUCAUCAACGAUAUUGCUUUCUUCCUCUGUAUUGUUGGAUUUGAAGGUACUUUUGUCAACUACUACUUGGGUGCAUCAAUUUUCACAACUUUGUUCUAUUCUGCCAUCCUUGGAGGUCCAAGUAUCUACUUUGGAUCCAGAGUUUUCAGAGACUUGGCAAAAUUCCGUAAGAUUGGCAAAUAG